AUGGCCAAAACAUUUGCACACAGAAGAAACGAAAUCAUCAACCAAUCACCCAGUAUAGGGGACAUCAAAGCCAGAUGGCCCGCUCUAUUUGAGACAUCUCACAUCCAGGAUGAGUUUCACAGAAUCACAAUGGUGCAUCUUGAAUCAAAGUUCAUGUCCAAACUGGAUGAAUAUACUCCUCGACUUCUGAACCUCUUCCACUCCAAGGGCGGAAACAUGGGGUUGAGAUUGCAGGCUAUCCUACUCAAGACUCCAAGCAAUCCUGACAUCAACAUGACCAGAGAUGUUAUCAUUCGAUGUUUGAUGCUGUACCUUGGGGAAUCUACAGAUCAACUCUUAAAAGAGUACGAUGAUGCUGAUGAAGACAGUGUGUCACAGGACCUUGCUGUUCAAAGCCUGAAGAUCUACAAUGUCAAAGCUAACAUGUCAGAGGAUCCAGACAUCGGUAUCGUGGUGGACGGCGUGAAAAUUCUAACUGCUCUGGGUAACUUUCCAAGGGCUUGCUCCCUGCUUGUUGGGUUGGCAUAUGCUGUGAAUCUUGCCUAUCCAAAGGAGCUCAGAUACACGUUUGAAGUGUUUCAGAAACUUCUCCUCGGGCUGGAUAGUUCAAAGCUCUCCCCAAAAGUGAACAGCCUCAGGAAUAAACUACUGGCUUAAGAAAACGGACCCUUGCUAAACAAAAGGGAAUAGACAAGUCAAAGUCACUGUGAAAACCAACACGCAAAACUUUGUGAAAUGCUCUGUGAAGUUAGUUACAAUUAGGGUAAUUUUCAGUUCAGUGGAUUUCUGCAUGUGUAUUUUUUCUUGCAGUACAUUACAGUUAACCACCCUUUUUCUAAGGACUGACCCCUUGUUCUCAUAUGUGGUAGUGCGGCCUGUUAUAUGGCUUUGGAUCUGUUCAGGUCUGUCACAUGAGCCCUUGUGCCUUUUAUAGACCAUAGAGCAUCCACUAUUGCCUUUUUGGAGAGUCCAUGCAGGCUUCACCACUGAAGGGUGAUGAUCUGCAGACUGCAAAACUUUGUUGUGUUUCAUUUGCACUUUAUAUAAUAUGUUUUUGUUCAGUUCUGUCUUUCAACUUAUUUUUCGAAAAGGAAAAUAAGUGUCAUGGAGCCAAGGGCCCCA